AUCACAAACAAGCUUCUUUUUAUCUCUUCUGUCAGUGGGGCACACCUCAUCUAUCGCGUUGGCCCCUCCAUCGUCAUUCCUCCCCCCCCAUCCCACCUGAUCACCAGAGUGUUCUCAACGCACUACGACGCGCAUCACGCCAAUAGCCUACUGCGCAGCUCUUGAGAGCCCUCCGGGACUGAAUUUGAGAACACCGUGACACACAAUGGCACCCCACGCAGACAAGGACAACUCCCCCGUUCGCGGGGCCAACACCGCAUCGUCAAAGGACCGGUACCACGCCGCGUCCACCAAGAGCGCCAUUGCCGCCGAGAACGAGUUUGCCGCCCACAACUACCACCCGCUUCCCGUCGUGUUCGCUCGCGCCCAAGGAGUCCACGUGUGGGACCCCGAGGGCAAGCACUACCUCGACUUCCUCUCGGCCUACAGCGCUGUCAAUCAGGGCCACUGCCACCCGGAGCUGAUCAAGGCGCUGACCGAGCAGGCCGGCCGGCUGACGCUGAGCUCGCGCGCCUUCCACAACGACGUGUUCCCCGUCUGGGCCGAGAAGGUCCGCCAGCUGUUUGGGUAUGACAUGGUGCUGCCCAUGAAUACGGGCGCAGAGGCCGUCGAGACGGCCGUCAAGAUCGCCCGCAAGUGGGCGUACAAGGUCAAGGGCGUGGCGCCCGGCAAGGCCCUCGUCUUCAGUACCAGCAACAACUUCCACGGCCGGACGAUGACGGCCGUCUCGCUCUCGGUCGAUCCAGAGUCGCGCGGCAACUACGGACCGUACCUGCCCAACGUGGGCGCCAUUAACCCCAGCACGGGGGCGCCGAUCCGGUACAACAACGUUGCCGACCUGGAGGCCGUCCUGGACGCCCACGGGCGCGACACGGCCGCCUUCAUCGUGGAGCCGAUCCAGGGGGAGGCGGGCGUGGUGGUGCCGGACGACGACUACCUGGCGCGGGUGCACGAGCUGUGCCGGCGCCACAACGUGCUCCUCGUCUGCGACGAGAUCCAGACGGGCAUCGCGCGCACGGGGCGGAUGCUCUGCUCCGAGUGGGCCGGCAUCCGGCCCGACAUGGUCACGCUCGGCAAGGCCAUCUCGGGCGGCAUGUACCCCGUCAGCUGCGUGCUGGCCGACCGCGCCGUCAUGGGCGUCAUCGAGCCCGGCACGCACGGGUCGACCUACGGCGGCAACCCGCUCGGCUGCGCCGUCUCGAUCCGCGCCCUCGAGCUGGUCGAGGAGGAGGGCCUCGUGGAGAAGGCGGACCGGCUCGGCCGCAUCUUCAGGGAGGGCGUCGAGGCGUUCCAAUCGCCGAUCGUGCAGACCGUCAGGGGGAAGGGGCUGCUGAACGCCGUCGUCAUCGACGAAAGCCGGGCCAGCGGCAGGACGGCGUGGGACCUGUGUCUGUUGCUGAAGGAUAAGGGGGUUCUGGCUAAACCCACACACGGCAACAUCAUCCGGUUUGCGCCGCCUUUGGUCAUCACCGAGGAGGAGCUUCGGGGAGCUAUCAAGACUAUCGGUGAGGCGCUGGCCGAGCUGCCGACGGCGAAGGUAACCGAGGGCCAUUAGAGAAAGGAGAACCAAAUAAAAAAAAAACCCCGAGGUUCGGAAAGUUUCAGAGGGGAGGAGAUUUGGGGGGCUACAGAAGAGUGCAUCGUGACCGUCAGCCAGUGUCUUGUGUAUUUUUCUUGUAGAUGCCAUAUCAUAAUCGGCUUGCAUUGGAGCACUGGAGGGAAAAAACUAUGGUUUUCGACUUAGACCCGGGCUAGAUCCGAGUUGGGAAAUCUACUGCGAGAAGACGCACUCAAUAUUG